AUGGGACAUUCAGCGGUGGAUGUGUCCAAUGGCAGCGCGAGGGACCACGAGAGGGCUAACCGUUGGCCGGCCCCGGACGCUGACAGGCUCACUACAUACCCAGCGACUGGUGACCGUUCAGCGCUGCUGCGUUCUCACGCGGCUAAAUCCGCAGAGUGCAGCGGGCAGAGUUCACCACGGCCGCGGCGGCCGCUGCGGGAGUCCAGACGCGUAUCUCUUGCACAAGCGUCAGGCUACGUCCAACUUAACCAAUACCGUCUGUUGGAGCCGAUCGGACAGGGUUCCUAUGGGAUCGUCAAGUUAGCCUACAACGAGGAAGAUGACACUCAUUACGCAAUGAAGAUCCUCUCAAAACGCAAGUUGAUGCGACGAGCCGGUCUAUUCGGGAGGGCUCCUCCCAGGAGGCCGGGACCUGGACCUCCCCCAGACCCCCUACAAAGAGUUUAUAGGGAAAUAGCCGUACUUAAGAAAUUGGAUCAUCCUAACGUUGUCAAAUUAGUUGAAGUACUUGACGAUCCAGCAGAAGAUCACCUGUACUUGGUGUUCCAGUUGCUAGAACGUGGACCAGUGAUCGAUAUUCCCACGGAGACCCCUCUCAGUGAACACGUUGCGAGAAAGUACUUCAGAGAUGCCUUACUGGGGAUUGAAUAUUUACAUUACCAACGCAUUGCUCAUCGGGACAUCAAACCUGCGAACCUACUUCUUGGUGAAGACAGAGUUCAAGUAGCAGACUUGGGUGCAUGUGGCGAGCUGGCUGCUGCUGGCAGGGUGUCAGGAACUGUUGGUACCCCGGCUUUUAGAGCGCCUGAAGCUGCUGCACCAGCUGACAAGUACAGUGGCGAGGCAGCAGACAUCUGGUCCUUAGGAGUGACUCUGUAUGCCAUGGUGACGGGUAAAGUGCCCUGGGUGAGCAACUCAGCGGUGGAACUGCAACGCAAGGUCCUCAACGAACCACUGACGUACCCCGCCAAAUUUCAGCCUUCAAAGCAACUGAGACACCUACUCAAUAGGAUGCUUGAUAAGGAACCCGCGACUAGAGCUACUGUGCAAGAGAUAAAGGACCACGAAUGGGUAACUGCCGGUGGUAAGGAGCCCUUACCUUCGGAACAAGAAAACUGCAGACUGGUGGAGGUGACAGAUGAAGAUAUGGCACAAGUGGUUACCUCUAUUCCAAACCUCUCUACGUUGAUACUUAUCAAGACUAUGCUCAAGAAACACAGCUUCCAGAAUCCGUUUCUACGUAGCCGAGAAGGCAGCACUUCCCGCAGAGAAUCAACAAGUUCCCGCGGCGAGCCUUGCGAGAAACCCAGCGCUAGCACCAAACGGGCUGGACUGGCGCGAGCUGGCAGGUCGCUCUCUGCCCCCGGGAACUAUCUAACUGACAGCAGGCAAACAUCAUUUGACAUCGGGCUUGAAUCAGUGCAGGAGAGCAGAGAUCAAAGCCAAGAUACAACAAAGGAGAAAACCCCUCCGAGUGACAGCGAGACAUUCACGCGGUGA